AAUUAUCGACAUCAUGCUCACUGUAACCUUUAUUAGGCAUGGGGAGAGUGAAGAUAACUUGAGAGACGUCUGGGCUGGUUGGAAAGACGCCUCGCUUUCAGACCUAGGGAAAAGACAAGCCCAAGCUCUCGGCCAGUCUUUCUCCAGCACUCAGAUAACCCACAUCUAUACCUCGCCUCUCCUCCGUGCGCACGCAACAGCCCAAUCCGUUUUAAACUUACAGUCCGAGCCCAAGCCCUCCUUCACUGUCUCGCCGAAUCUGCGAGAGCAGCACUUUGGCAUUGCGGAAGGCAAUAAAUGGGUCAUUAGAGCACCCAAUGAUACGCCCGUCGAAGAACUUUGGGCGCAGAAGAUUUUCCCCGUCCAACAAUCUCGUCAAGACAAGUUUCCAGAAGGAGAAAGCCUGGAUGAUUUGGCGCGCAGAGCGGAAGUGGCGGUCAGGGAGUGCAUAUUGCCUCACGUUGAAACCGACAGUGUGCACGUAGCGAUUGCGAGCCAUGGACUUUGUAUCAGUGAGAUGGUGGCAGCCUUGUUGAGGCUCGACCCAGGAUCGAGAAGAGAUAUAUCGUAUGCGGGACUUUUGAAUACUGCUUGGACGAGAGUUGAGGUGCAGUCAAGGGAUGGACAUGUUGAAGGUAUACAUUCCCUCAAUCCGGCUCCCCUCCAGGUGAGGGUCACGCAUGUCAACAAUAAGGAUCAUCUCUCUUCGGUGGCGAAAGAACCUAUAUCGCUCCAUCAAGGCGAUGAUGGGGCGCAGGCAGAGGCUCGCGCUUUCUUUGGUGGAAACUUAGCCGCAAGUGACGCUGAGAAGGUAGCGGCAUAAGAUCGAAAAAACCGUCUUAUUCUGCAGGCCAGAUAUAUGUAGAUAAUACCUUGAAUAUACGCGGAUGGAGAAAAAUAAGCAGUCGUCUCGCC